AUGCGUGAGGGGGAAAUCUCGCGGGGUGAGGUCACGCGAGAUUUGGCGAGAUUCUGCCUUUUCCGCCUUCGUCUGCCACCAAGAAGCAGGAUGAGUAAGAUAAACAGGGACAACCUGUAUGAGUCCGUGGACACGGUCCUCGCGCACUCCAAGAACAAGAAGCGCAAGUUCGUGGAGACCGUCGAACUUCAGAUCGCCCUGAAGAACUAUGACCCCCAAAAGGACAAGCGUUUCUCCGGCACCGUCAAGCUGAAGCACAUGCCCCGUCCCAAGUACCGUGUGUGCGUGCUGGGCGACCAGCAGCAUAUUGACGAGGCCAAGGCUAAUGAGAUCCCCUGCAUGGACGUGGAAUCCUUGAAGAAGCUCAACAAGAACAAGAAGCUUGUCAAGAAGCUUGCCAAGAAGUAUGACGCUUUCCUGGCGUCGGACUCUCUGAUCAAGCAGAUCCCGCGUAUCCUGGGCCCCGGUCUGAGUAAGGCUGGCAAGUUCCCCACCCUCCUGACUCACAACGAGUCCAUGACGGGCAAGGUGGAAGAGGUCAAGUCAACCAUCAAGUUCCAGAUGAAGAAGGUGCUGUGCCUGUCUGUCGCCAUCGGACACGUCAACAUGUCUGCGGAGGACCUGGUGGCUAACGUCGUGCUGGCCGUGAACUUCCUCAUCUCUCUGCUAAAGAAGGGCUGGCAGAACGUGCGUGCCCUGUACAUCAAGUCCACCAUGGGACCAUCCCAACGCCUGUACUAAAUCUAUAUUUGUCAUCAUCAAUAAAAUGUGAAGACAAUUGUA